AUGAGUUCUACAAGGACACUGGUAUCAAGUCUGUUAAGUCUUGGGGCAGGUUCGGGACUGACUUAUCUACUGUUGAAAGAGAAUGAAACAAAGACUUUGCCGUCGUCAUCAGUACCAAGUGGUACCGUUGCUAAUAAAGGUGUCACCCCUACAAGUAAUACGUUAGUAAACCCUGCAGAAUGGUUUAAAUUUGGAUUUCCUGGUCCCGUUCAUGAUUUAGAACGUAGAGAACAAUUCGUAUCAUGUUAUAAUAGACAAACAAGAAAUCCAUAUUGGGUAGUUGAACAUUUCACACCGGAAUCUUUAGCCACAAAAUCGGGAAAUCGCCAAGGUUCUAUAUUUAAAGAAGAUGAACAAAUUCCUGAAUUAUUUCGUGCUAAAUUGAGUGAUUAUUUUAGAUCAGGUUAUGAUAGAGGUCACCAGGCACCUGCUGCUGAUUCAAAAUUCUCUCAAAAGGCAAUGGAUGAUACUUUUUAUUUAACUAAUAUGUGUCCUCAAGUUGGACAAGGUUUUAAUAGAGAUUAUUGGGCACAUUUUGAAUUUUUUUGCAGAGAUUUAACUAAACAAUAUAAAAAUGUUAGAGUAAUGACUGGCCCAUUAUAUUUACCUAAACAGGACCCCAAAGAUGGGAAAUUUAGAGUCUCUUAUGAAAUGAUUGGAAAUCCACCAAAUGUGGCAGUACCGACUCAUUUCUUUAAAUUAGUAGUUGCAGAAGAUCCAAUUGAUACUAAAACUAAACAAAAUGGGAAAUUGGCCAUCGAGGCCUUCGUAUUACCCAACGAUCAAAUCUCUAAUGAUACAAAACUACUAGAUUUCGUAGUACCUGUAGAUGCUUUGGAGAGAAGUACAGGUCUGAACUUAUUGCAAGCUGUAAAGAAGAACGCUAUUGUUCCAUUGUGUAAAGAAAUCAACUGUCAGAUCGUCGUCAGAGACUUCAGCAACAAGAUGAACAAUAACAACAAGCAGAAGAAGAGCCUGCCACCAGCCAAAUGA